AAUUUGCAUUGACUUUCUGAAACGUCGAGAGCAAUCAAUUUGCGUUGUCUAACUUCAAAGUUUAAGCUUUAGCGUAAAAACAGAUCCAUUGUCAUUCACAUGGAACAUUCGCUGUCUCAAACACCACCCGUUUGUUUUGUUUAAAGCAAAACAGAAUAUAGGGUUGUAUUUUUUAGAGGAAAUAUUCCUUGUGACUCUGGUGUCGGAAUAUGCUCGGUCCCUUUUUAAGUGCCAGCGAUAUUCAUUUUUGAUUCGUAAAUUUUGCAGUCUUUGUAGCGUGAAUUAUGACAAAAGACCUGAUUUUUACUAUUUUACUGACGUUAAGCUGUAGUGGAGUCUUCAAUGGAGGAGAAGCAUAUUUUAAACUUUGCAAACCAGGGAAAGGUCUUUACGAGCCUUACGAGAAGGUGGUGCUAAAAAUUUCUGGCGAGAAAUGUGAGGGCUGCCUAGAAUUGGAAAAUUGUACAACUCUGGAAGGCAGCAUUCAAGUCCAGAUGAUAAGAAAGGCUGGCGAUGCAGUUAUGAAACAACUCCAGUUUCCGAAGUUAACCGAAAUUACUGGACACUUACUUGUUUCUCUGAUGUACGGUAAGCGAAGCCUAAGAGAGAUUUUCCCAAACCUUGCCGUGAUUCGAGGGCGUCAGGUGUUUCUGGAUUAUUCGCUUAUUAUUUAUCAGAAUGACGGCUUGGAGGAGGUAAACCUUCCCUCCUUGACUACGAUUCUACGAGGCGGCGUUCGCAUCGAGAAAAACAUCAAUUUAUGCUACGUCUAAACAAUACGAUGGAAGUCGAUC